AUGAGCAACGAAAAUUCAAGUUCUUUUAAAAGGCCUGAUGUAGCUAUAGCAGCAAGUUCAUUUUAUUUAAGGGAAACGCUAUCAACUCCUUCGAUUAACACAAAAAUUUCAUCAAAUUCCUCGGUAGAUACACUUGUAACUCUUCCAUUGGAAGAAGAUCAAACAAAAAUUGAUAUACCUUCAAUAGAAAAUGUAAAAGUUGAAAUUCCGACUUUAUCGUCAAGUCCAUCCGUUAUUUCAACGGUUGUAGGAAAAGAAAAAUCAAAUAAAUCAAAUUCAAUAUUACAAAGAUCACUUUCAUUCUUGACUCGCUCGGAAACAAAAAAAUCCGAAUCUCAAUUAGUUAAAGUGCACCGAUAUACCAUAUACGAUGAUGAAAAAGGUGAAUUUAUCGAAAUUGUAGAAGAAGAAUGGGAAGGUGAUGGUCCACCACCAAGAAAAUCUACGGAAUCUCAAAAAAAGGGGGUAAUAAUAUUAGAUAAAGAUUUACCAAAUUUACCUGAACCUCUUGUAAUUAAAAGGAAAACUCCAAUAGCGAAAUUCAAUCAAUGUCCCGGACUUCAAAUGAAUGGAAAGGGAGAUGGAACAGUUUAUGAUCCAGGAGUUGGCAUAGGAGCGUGUGGCAAGUUUAAUCUGGCUGACGAAUUUAUUGGUGCAAUGAACGCUCAACAAUUUGGUGUGUAUGCUAAUCCGAAUAAUGCGCCUGUAUGCGGUAAGUGCGUAAACAUCACCAGGCCAAAAGGAAGCGUCAAAAUCAAAAUUGUGGACAAGUGUCCUAAAUGUAAUUUUGGCGAUAUUGACAUUUCCCCAGCCGCCUUUAAUGCUCUCGGUGACGGAUCUCAAGAUCGUAUAUCGAUUACCUGGGAAGGAUGUUAA